UUUUUUACAAUGUCUUCUCUUAAUAAUCAUGUUAUAAGAGGUAUCCUAAUAUAGACAACAGAUGCGUAAUCAUGGACCGUAAUCUAUGCGCGAGUUAUAUUCCAAAAAUUAAAUUUCAAAUACUGACGAUCGUCCCAUAAUAAAACCUUAUUGUUAUGCAGCAACAAUAGAAAAAUACCAUGAAAAUAAUAUAAAAUAAAAGAAAAUAAAUAAUGAAACGGAGCCUUCGGUGUUUUCGUCUGAAAGGGGGUGUGCGGGUGGGGGCGGGGAGGGGCGUUUUCAGUCGUAAGCCCAGCGCUGUACGCGGCGCACGCUACCCGCCCGCCGGACGCGCGGUCUCACCGCUCUAACAGUGUCACCCGUGCUCCUAAUACUCAGUGGAAACGUGUAAGAUUCUAAUAGUGCUGUGUAUGUGAACAGUGUCUCGUAUGGAUGUAUGAACAAGAUGCUCAAACUACUGGUACAACGAAAAUAAAUAGCGUAUAAAAAAAUGUCCAUUCCAUUUUGAAUAAUUGUGAUGUGCGCGUGUCGGACGCUAAUGUAACACGUGAUAGUGCAGUGUUAGGUGAUGUGAUAAGUGAUGGUUGAGUGAUAGAGGUCAUCAUGCUGCCGGCGCUGUGUCGGCUGCUGGCGGCGGCGGCGCUGCUCGGUGCUACGUUAUUCGCUAUGGCAGCUAAAAAUGUGCCUAUGACCCAAGUGGUGGCGGUGGCGGGUGAACCAGUAUACCUGCCAUGUGACAUCAGUACCCAGGAUGACGUGGAUGCUGUUCUACUUGUGCUGUGGUACAGGGAAGAUCUUGGUACACCUAUAUACAGUGUAGACGCGAGAGAACGAGACUUUGGAGUAGCUGAACGCUGGUCAGACGAGAGCGUUUUCGCAUCAAGAGCCUACUUCCUGCCUGAGAGAAAGCCAGCAGAACUAGGCGUGGACAGGGUGAAGGCAUCGGACCAGGGAGUGUACAGAUGUCGGGUGGACUUCAAACAGGCCCAGACGAGAAAUUCAAGAGUUAACCUCACCGUAAUUGUACCACCCAGCAAGAUGGUAAUCAUCGAUGACAGAGGCGAUGUGAAGCAAGCCAUAGUGGGGCCUUAUGUGGAAGGAGAUACGUUCACACUCAAGUGUGACGUUUCGGGAGGUCGUCCCAGGCCAUGGGUGAAGUGGUUCAGAGAUGAAGUAGAAACGGACACUCCGUCGACGCCGUUGUCCGGGAACGGCGUCCGGGGCGUCAUCAGGGUGGGUCCGCUGACGAGGGCCGACGUCCGAGCAGCCCUCACUUGCAGAGCGUCCAACCACCCACGGGCUCAUCCUAUUGAAACCACGCUCACCUUGGAUAUGAAUUUUCCGCCAUUAACUGUACACAUGGUGGGUUCAGACCAGCCUAUAUCAGCGAGCAGAAGAUAUGACCUUCUAUGCCAGAGUUCAGGGUCCAGACCCCCAGCUUCCAUCACGUGGUGGAAGAACGGUCAUAGGAUAAAUAAUGCUAAGGAAACGCUAUCAACAGAUGGGAACACGACUACUUCAACAGUGUCACUGCAGCUUACUAAAGCCGACACUGGAGCAAAACUUGCGUGUAGAGCCUCAAACCCUCAGAUGCCGUCAGUUGCACCAUUGGAGGAUGACUGGACAUUGGAUGUGCAAUAUGUUCCAGAGACUGUUGUGAGAUUAGGAACGAAUUUAGAUCCGAAAAAUAUCAGAGAAGGCACUGAUGUUUACUUCGACUGCAUCAUCAAUGCACAUCCCUACGUAUACAAAGUCGAAUGGAGACAUAAUGGCAAGACUCUCCUUCACAACGUGGGCCAAGGCGUCAUCAUCAGCAAUCAGUCUCUGGUGCUUCAAGGUGUUGGUAGAAGAACAGCCGGCAACUACACGUGCGUUGGCUUCAACGCAGAAGGGGAUGGUGAAAGCAAACCAUUCUCUUUAGAUGUUCUGUAUGCGCCAACCUGCAGAAGUUCCCAGCAAAGAGUCCACGGGGUGGCGAAACAGGAACGAGCACAUAUAAUGUGUCAAGUCGAUGCCAAUCCACCUGAAGUUACUUUUCGUUGGACCUUCAACAACACGGCGAAUAGUAACGAAGUUAGCGAUACAUACGUGUCCAGGGCUGGUACCAGUUCUACUGUAACCUAUACCCCUCACACUGAGAUGGACUACGGAACAUUAUUGUGCUGGGCUCAUAAUAGAAUAGGAAAGCAACGCGUACCUUGUGUCUAUCAUAUUAUUGCAGCUGGUCGACCUGAUCAAGUCCAUAAUUGCUCUGUGGUAAAUGCAUCAAUGACUUCAUUCGGCGUGCGAUGUUCAGAGGGCUUCAACGGUGGCAUGCCGCAAUCUUUCCUUUUGGAAGUUCGUGAGAUAAUUUCUCAAGAAAUAGUUGCCAACGUUUCAAGCGCGGUACCUCGCUUCAUGGCAGCGGGUUUACAGCCUGGACGAACGUAUGCAGCCGCUGUCCUUGCAUAUAAUGCUAAGGGAAGAGGAGAUCCAUAUCCUUUGAGAGCCAGUACAUUGAGACCACCGGAGAAACAUCAUGUUCAUGAUAAAAGUUUAGAUUUACCCAGAACAGCGUUUCAAAUGUCCGGGGCCAUGUCUGCUGCUGUCGGCGGAGGUGGAGUCCUUAUGGUGGUGCUGGUUCUUUUCAUGAUAGCAGUCAGACAACGGUGCGCUAAGAGGAAACCAAGAUCGGCUCCUCCACCAUCUUCACAACCAGCCUCUCCUGAUAAAUUAAGAGAAAAAGAUGAUAGCGAAAGCGAUGAUCGUAAUCCUGACAUAAUUCCAUCUGAUACUGAUCAGAUGCAGUUGGACUAUUACCGCCAACAGCAGGUCUCGACUAUUUCCCCACCGCUGGGCAGUAGAGGUCCUCGUGGGAGUGUUGCUGGAGUCCGAGGGGGUCUUCCCGGAUAUUGCCCAUUAAGGACUGCACCGCCACCGUCGCAUCCUUCGAUGCAUGAUCCUUCUGACUCCACAUUCCAAAACCCCACAUCGGGCAUUCCACCGCCUGCACGUUUCGCAGCGGGCUCGUGCACGUUACCGCGCGGUUCCAGUAUCGCGGCGCCGGCGGAAGCGCGGUGCGGUAUACCACUACAGCAUCUCCGCACGCUGCCGCGUCCGCUACCCGCGCCCGCGCCCGCCGCCGCCCCGCGGAUUACGCCACGCGACACCCCGCUCUGACAGACGACUCAACUCUAGGACAUGUGUAAAUAGACGCAAGUGACAAGUGACCGGCGUGCUCAACGAUAAAAGACUCGAGGUUUGUUUAAUAUUAUCGAGCAAUAGGUGAUUUUGUAUCAAUUACUGGAUCCCAACUGGUGAUUAGAUGUAUUUGGAUUAGAUAGAACUAAUUAAAUUCGUUACUACUAAUAUGUAAAUUACAAAUGUAAAUACUAUGUUAAUCUAGUCAAGAGUUUUGCGAAUCAAUUUAUAUUAAAGGAUAUUAUAACAGAACUACCAACAAACCGAAAUAAUCGUCAAUAUUGAAAAUUAUACACUCUUUUUUUGUCAUAAAUGGUUGUGAAAAAUUUUGUAAAACCAAUCGUGUAAAAUAAUAGCGUUAAUAACGUUUUCAAAUAACAAUAACGCGUUAUAGAAUUUUUAACGGCAAACUACGUUAAAGGAAUAAAGUCCGUUGAAAUGAAAUUUCAAAAAUUUGUAUUUCAAUAGAACUGUUUCCUAUAUUGUAUUAUAGUUGAAAUAACUGAAUUUAUAGUCAGUUUAUCAUAAUCACGAAAAUGUGAUAAUAUAUUAUAAUAUUAUUAUGCAUUAUAAAUGUCUCGUCUCAUUUUAUAACAAUAGUUAUUCUCUAGAUAGUCUAAUUGCUUUCGAUGUUUUUCCUCUAGGUAAUUAAAAUUUUAACUAUUUAGUCUAACUUCAAACACUGGCAACAUCUUGUCUACAUUAUUUAUUUUUUAAUUAUUAACAAUGCUCAUUUAAAAAAAAUUGCUUUUUUGUAUACAAAACCGAAUUUAUAAUUUUGAAAGUCUUGGUAAAAUUUAUACCUUUACGAACGAGAACUACACAAUUAGAUACGUAUUUUCGGUUAAAUAUGUCAUAAUACGAGUUGAGACAUUUGUAAUUUUAUAGUUUUGUCCAUUAAGGAGUAUUGUAAAUACGUGAAUUUACCAAUGUAAAUAUGUUUUGUAUUAUACAGUUAUUAAUCCUAUUCGUGUCUUAAAGUCAUACGUUAACGUUAUUAGUUGUGACACUGUAAAGCCGUACAGAUUGAUCGCAGUUACAUUAAAAAGUGUAUUAUAUAUAGUUGAUUUAUUUAUUAAAUUAUGUGUAAAAUGUAAAUACAGUGUCAAAGUAUAAAUGAAAAUCAAUCGCUGAGUCGAUGUAAGCGCAUCACUAAAGAACGGCUGCGUUUAAAAAAAAUUUUUUUUUGCUAUCUGUAAUUGUCAGGACAAGGUUUGUAUGAAAGAAAAGGUUUGAAAAUUUUUAUAGAAUGGCGAAUAAUUGAAGAUCUGGGUCUUAUUUCAUUCGUUAGUACACUCGAACGAAGUAGCGAUGGGUAGCUAUUUAAAAGAAAUAACAGGUUUUUAGUCAACCGUUGCGAACCAAAUGCGAAUAAACGGUUAUUUUUUAUCUGCAAUCACUAGCGAAAAACGCGUUUCCGUUAUUUUAUUACAUUUUGGCACUGUGUGUACUUUCAAGUUAUUAUUAUUAUUUUUUAUUAAUAUAAAUAUAACAAGUUUUUUAUAAUGAUGUCAAAAAACAAAUGCAAUAAGCAACUUAAGUAAUUUUGACGCCCAUUUAUGCAAUUUUUUGUAAUAGUCUAAAAUCCCGCCAUUAAAUUUUGAAUGUAUAAAAUUUUUAAAUGAAAGUUGAUAUGAAUGAAAAAUAAUGAAUUCUGUAUGUAUAAAACUUUUGUAUGAAACUUAAUGAAAGAUGAACGAAAAUAUAAUAAAAUGCAUUUAAAAUCCAGUUACCUGCUCUCAGUUACCCUCAACCAAGGUUGACAAGCGAAAAGAUUGGUUUACACUAAACAGAAAUUUAUUCUUUUCUAUACACGAUAGCAUAUGUCUAUUGAAAAAUGGCAUCUAAAUUUUUGUUUUAGACGAUGGUGCUGUAAUUACAUGGAAUUAGACUUUAUUAAUAGAACAUACAUUAAAUGAGAAUUUAUUCCUUUUUCUAUACGAUAACAUAAAAAAUGGCCACAAAUAACAGGUGGCAUACCUGACAAUCUGUUUACGGCUAACUGACAGUGGGCAAACGGGAGGAACUUUCCCAAACCAAAUUUAAUUAAAAAAUUUAUACAUGCAGAAUUCAACCGCAAGAUCUUAGGUCGUAAUGUUGGGAAAGAAUUCAUGGGUAUUAAUUAUGUAGCUCAAAAUUAAUAUCACUCUAUAAGCACAUGAUAUAACUGUCUAUUAAGCUAAAUAACUAUGCAUGCAGUGAUUGAAAUUCAUAUUAAAUCUGACCAAAGUGAAAAAAAUAUAUACAACUUAGAAUAGCAAACAAGCUGACGGCCCACCUGAUGGAAAAUGGUAACCGUCGCCUAUAGACAUGAGUAGUACUAUGGACAUAACAGAUUAUCCUGUUUCGGCCAUAAUACCUCCCAUGGUACCAUGGACUUAACACAUGGUACUUCAUACAUGCUGUUACGCACAUGAUAACUCCCACGUGUUACCAUUCCUGAGGACUCAAGUGUUAUUCUCUGUAAAUUCACUGCCAUAUCCCACCCUUCAAACCGAUUUUUAUUUAUAACCAAUGUUUAAGGAAUCCAAUUAAUUUGAUUUAAAAAUUAAACUUCUAAACCGAUUUUGGUAAAAAUUGAAAAUAUAAAAGAUUUUUCCGAUUAUAGGAUAAUGUUUUAGGCGUCUUAAAGUAAUCAGGGAUCAUACAUGAAAAAUGAAAAUCCUUAAUCUUAAAUAUGAAAUUUAAGAAUGUAACAUUUAAGACAGGCUUAAUACGAAUUUUAACCACUGCGCAUAGCUGUCUCAUCUCUCUCAUCUCAGGUAUACUGUGGAUAGUCUUUG